AUGCAAUGGUUGCAGCAAUUAUUAUUAUACUUACUAGAAUUAUAACAUACAGUGCAAACGCCUAUUUGCGAUAUUGACAUUGAUACAUCAAGUGUUUUUUGUAUAACGAAGACUGCAAUAUGUUAACACAAUUCUUGGCGUGGCAAAAUAUACCGUAGGUAUUAUACAUAGUAUAGUUUAUACAACACAUAUUCAAACGGUUAACGUCGUGUACAUUAUCCACUCAUAAUCAGUUUUAGAGAAUAUUACUGAACUCAAGUCCGAAUUGCGUACGAAAUCCGGUUUGAGAACCCGUAAGCGUAAAAGAUAAUAUGUUAGAUGCAUCAUCGAAUGAGAUAUCAUUGAAUUUCAAUUACAACAAAAACAAUUAUGUAUUUUAAGAGUGCUGUUAUUCUCUGCGCGUUGUAUUUCUUCACACCAGUAUGGGUAAGAUGUUUAUUUCUCUGCAAUAAUAUUUCCUAAAAUAAAUACAGUUAUACACUUGUACAAGGUGACUCAAAUAACAUAGUCUCAUCACUAAACCUUUGAAGAUUUUAAAAGAGCACUGGACUAAAUAAAAAACAAAUAGAAACGUGCACUUUAUUACAAAAUCUAAAUAAUCAAGACUAUGUUAUGGAUAUGCCAUACGUUAUGAAGCACGUUUUUGGCAUUGACAACCAUAGACAAUUUUUUAUAGACAACCCAGAUAAGGCCCAUUAUAAAAAUAACAGCAAGUUAUUUUUGGCGUUAGCGUAUCAUGGAACAUUUGAAAGCUUCGAGGAUAAAAUUCUAACGCCUUUUGAAGCAGAGUUUUACCUCAGAAUGUUUAUGAAACACAUCGAACAAGUAAAACAAGAUGGAUACCUUACUCGUGAUCAACUAGCAGGUGUACUUGAAAGCUUAUAUAAUAUUAAAGGAGACGAGAAGUCUAGGAUCAUAGAAUCAUGUAGCGAUAAAAUUUACGCAGCAGAAUUCUUGUCGAUCAUGUUAGAAAAUCUACCGGAAGGCAAUGGUCUAAACAAAGCACAAAUAGAAGAGUUCAUUGGAUUGUAUAGAUUUCAUCAAAAUGAAUACGGUUGCAUUCAGCCUUCGCAAAUUUAUAAUAUCUUUCAAGAAUUUAAUAUGGCUAAUGAGCCGCUUAAAGGAUUUUUUUAUCCUAACCGUCCCGCUGCUAAAGUGUUGAUGGAAUUAAUGAUCGUUACGGCAGAACGUUCUAAGAAAGUUAAUAAUGAUGAAAUAGUGUUAAGUACAAAAGAGGUGAGAUCAUUGAUAUCUGAAUUUACAAUACUUGACACGGACAAAGACGGUAUACUCUCCAAUAACGAAGCGGAAAAUUUCUUGAAAGGAUUUCUCUCUAAAAAUCUGGAAGUUCCAACGACAUUUCAUUUUAAUGUUACAAAAAUAAACGUGGCGGAAUAUUUAUUGUGCUAUAUAUAUAAAAAAGUUUUCAUUUUGAAUUUUUAUAAGCAAUUGUUCUCUUACUGAGGAAUUUAAUAUAUCUUUUAUUAUGUUUUUAAACUUUGUCAUUGU